CCUUCAGAAGUUCCGUUUAGAUCCUGUAUUUUCUGAUCUUGUCUUACGUGGCUGUUUUGAAGUCUUGCUCCACUGAUUCCACCAUCAGUGUCAUUUCUGGGUCUACAGAUGGAUUUUCUACCAGUGAAAGUGACACUUCAGACUGAAACUACCAAAAACAUCCAGAAAACGAAGCAGGAAAAAGCAGCCCAGGAACCAGAAAAGCCCUCAGUUCAGUUAAUUAAACCAUGGAGUAACCAGGAAAUCCAGAGUUUCCUGGAAGAAUGGGAAUUUCUUGGGUGUGAAGUAUUCAGGGUGAAGAAGAAGAAGUAUCACAUAGUAUCAAAAAUAUUUGCCCAGCGUCUCAAGCAGAGGGGUAUGAAGAAGAGCUGGCAAGAAUGUCUCCAGAUGCUGAUAAGCUUGCAGGACUUAUACUUCACUAUUCAUGAGGCCAACCAGAAGCCAAGGUGCCAACCCUUGCCAUGUCCUUAUGGAAAGGCCCUGCAUAGGAUUCUGGGAUGGAAGAUCGGCGUCUUCUCAGGUCCUCCCUGUGCAGAUGUGGCUGACUUUGUACGUUGCGAGCACCAGCCCCAGGCCUAUGGCGUUCCUGUAGUCUUACAGGACCUGAUCUGGGACCCAACACCUGUGAUCUAUGGAGAAAAUCUUCAGGUACCUGGAUGGGAGUCCUGGAACAUGAACCUGUCAUGGUCAGUUCCACAUGUGUAUCCUGCUUUUCCCUCAGCAGCCCCGGGUCCCUCACCACAGUGGGCCAUCUCUACUGACUGAUCCAGAUCUUGAAGACAAUUAGAAUCUGGAUCCUGAUUCCAUCGGAAAGACUGAAAAAUAGCACAAUAUGUGUGUGUUGGUGCAUGACUCCUUCCUCUUCUCUCCUGGUGUAAUGAGAAUAAAUGUGAAAUAAAUGAAUGACCAUGACCUCAUCCCUUUUGGCCUUGUGCUUAUGGCUUGGGUUGAACCCCCAAUUGUAGAAGGGCCACAGGACGAGGAGGGAGCUCAGCCUCACUGGUGACUUGGGACCUGUUCUCUCUUUCCUGCAUCAUGCUUCCUGCAUGGAGGCUCCUUUGCAAUAAGGGGCAAUGUUUACCCCAGAGAUAACUGCUUAAUCCUGCCUUCAUUGCCUGGCUGUGUGAUCAUAGAAUUUUUAUUUCACGUUUCUGAACCUCCAGAUCCUCCUAUUAAAAUUGAAUUCAAGCUGAUAUUUCUUACUUCAGGAGAUAGUUUUAGGAUAAAAACACAUACGUG